AUGUUUACUACCUUUUCUCUGCGUGUUGUCAAGAUGGGUAUCAAGGCCAUCUGGGCGCGGACCAAGCUCGGCAGCUAUGGCAGUGCAUUUCGCGAAGCGCCGCGCGAAAUUCUUUUCAACAAGAUGCUCCUGCUCACCUGCCUCCUCUUUGCGUGCGGCGCCGUGCCACUGACCUGGGACCAAGGAUCCUCGGCAGUGAUUGCGACGCUGCCCAGCUUCCAGAAGCAUUUCAACAUUUCUUCUGGCACGGAUGCAAGCAAAAUCCAGUAUUACGUCUCCCUCGUCGGACUUGGCGAUUGCAUUGGCGCGGCUGGCUCCUUUUGGCUCAACGACCGCCUCGGCCGUCUCUGGUCCUACCGUCUGUACAUUGGCAUCUGGAUGCUCGGCAACAUCCUCCAGAUUGCCGCCCCCAACGUUGCUGCUCUCUAUGCGGCGCGCAUUAUCUGCGGCACCGGAAUCGGCGGCCUCAUUGUAAUCGGUCCGAUCGCGCUGGUCGAGAUUGCGCCCGCCGAGAUUCGAGGCAUCCUGACAUCCUGGUUCACCGUCAUGAUGGGCCUGGCCCACGGUGUGUCGACCUUUUGCGUCUACGGCGUCUACCUGGACAAGCGGCUCCACGGCACGCGCAUGCAGUACCAGGUUGUCUGGAUCGCCCCCAUCGUCUUCAUGGGUCUCUGCAUUGUCGCGAGCUUCUUCCUCUGUGAGUCGCCCCGCUGGCUGUUUCUCAUGGACCGCCAGGAAGAAGCCACCGAGAUCCUGGUUCGCAUUCGCGGCCUGCCCUUGGACCAUCCGCGAGUGCAGCACGAACUGCAAGAGAUCAAGGAGCAUAUCCACCAGGAGAGAGUGUUCUACGCGGGAGGCAAGAAGACUGCCAGUUUCAGGAGCAUCCUUAAAGAGACCUUUACAGUGCCUGCGAAUCUCCGCCGCGUGCAGCAAUGCCUUAUUCUCUACUCGCUGCCUCAGCUCUCUGGCGCGUCUUCCAUCUCUUCCUACCUCAUUCCUAUUCUGAAGAUUGUCGGUGUUGCAAAGGGUACAGAACGCAACCUCUUUCUGAGCGCCAUGUACACCAUGUCCAAAUUUUUCUUUGCCCUAAUCGCCUCGUUCUUGUUUGUGGAUGCUCUUGGUCGUCGCAAGUCGCUUUUUGUCGGCUGCACAUGCCAGAUGCUCGCAGACUUGUACGUUGGCAUCUAUGUCAAGUAUUCUCAAGAAGGUCCCGUGUCGACGGCUGCGUCACAGGGUGCCAUUGCGGCCAUUUUUAUCCAAGCCUUCGGUUACUCGGUUGGACUUCUUACUCUACCCUUUGUCAUCUCUGGCGAGCUUUGGCCCAACCGAAUUCGGUCGUUUGGCAAUGCUCUUGCACAGUUCAUCCACAGAUUGUUCAUCUACGUCAUUGCCUUUGCGAUGCCCUCCUUGCUCAAGAACACCGACAACUGGGGCUCUUUCAUAUUCUUCGCCGGCUGGUGCGGCAUUGCGUUACUCUACGUCUACCUCGUCGUACCCGAAAUUGCUGGCCUUUCCGUCGAAGAAAUGGACGUGGUCUUUACUGGACCGUGGCUGGCAGCCCGGCAUUAUCGCAAGCCCAAGGCCCCCAGAGAAGUUGAAGAUAGUGAAGGCGACCAGUCUGUUUCACGCUCGAGCAGUGGCAAGCCAACCCAAGAGCAGAGCGAGGUUGUUUCUACGACUGUUAAGCAGGUUUAG